AUGGAGUGGGUGAUGAGCGUCAACGCGAUGUGUCAGGACCCAAAGCCACGGGAGGCGCAGGAUCCUUUAAGUAAGUCCGGCUGUGAGAGCCUGCUUGGUCUCCUCUGCAAAAUACAGCGAGGGUGCAGGUCACGGCUUCACUGGCAGAAGAGCUCUCCCUGGUGCCACAUAAGUCACCGCCUCGCUGAGCCUCUGAUUCCUUUUCUGCGAGUGCAGAAUGUCCACACGGGCCUGGACCUGGCUGUGCCGCAGCACCAGGAGGUGCGGGGCAAGAUGAUGUCCGGCCACGUGGAGUACCAGAUCCUGGUGGUCACCCGGCUGGCUGCCUUCAAGUCGGCCAAGCACAAGCCCGAGGAUGUGGUCCAAUUCUUGGUGACUUACGCUUUGCAUGAGUAUUUCUCCACCCUGUGCUCUCGGUUCCUCUACAGCUGCAGCCCCGCCUUCCCAGCUGUGCCGCGUCCCACCCCCACACCCCCACACCCCACACCCCCAAGCGCGCAUCCGGACCGCUCCCGCCCGGUGUUCGCCGCCGCGGCCACGAGAGGCUCCAAGAAGCCAAAAAAAUGCCCCAAAGUAGCUGCGAAGCCCAGACCCUCGCCACGGCUCACCCUCUUUGACGAGGAGGUGGACCCUGAUGCAGGGCUCUUCAGCCCAAGCAGGAAGCUCUCCGCCGGGGGCUCCGCAGAGGACGCACCCCCCAGGGACCCCCUGAAGUUGUUUGAUGAUCCUGACCUCGGUGGGGCCGUCCCCCUGGGUGACCCCUUACUGCUGCCGGCAGCACCUGCGAGUGGAGGGCCCGCGCCUCGCCUGGGCUACGGAGAGGCCGCCGAGGAGCUGUUCAGAGUGGAAGAGGACUUGGACCAGAUUCUGAACCUGGGGGCUGAGACCAAACCCCAGCCCCCGCCUAAGCCCAAACCGCCCGUGGCAGCUAAGCCAGCGCCACCCAGAAAGCCAGCUGCUCCCCCCAGAGCGGGCCCGUCCGAGGCCGCAGCCGGGCCGCCACCGCCACCGCCGCAGCAGAUCCAGGCCAUGGACGAGAUGGACAUCCUGCAGUACAUCCGGGACCACGACGCGCCCGGCCAGGCCGCCCCCAGCCUCUUCUGACCCUCCCUGCCCUGUGCUGGCCCCGGGCCGGCAGCCCCUCCCCGUGGGGGCCUGGGCCGAGGUGGGGACUGUGCCUUGCAGGCCCAGACCUCUAGUGCUGGGGGUGGAGGGGGGGGCGUGGAAGCCAGGGUCACAGGACCCCUGUCCUAUCUGUGCCUUUUUCUCUGGCCGGUGGGGUCACGGGCCCCUGUGGGGUACAGAGAGGGGGUCCCCAGAGGAACUGAGCCCAGUUACCUCAGCCACAGCGUGUGGAGGGGGAGCUGGUGGGGAUCCUGGCUAACGGGAGCCUGGCCCCAGGAUGGACUGGGACGGGGAGCCCAGGGCGGCUCAUGCAGGGCAGGAGACUGUGUCCACUUGUGCCCACCGGCUCUGCCGCCUCUGCAUGGGAUGGAGGGCCUGCCACCCUGAGUGGGGCUGGGGGCAGCAUGGCCCUUGGGCCGGUGGCUCUGGGAGGGGUCCCCCAGGAGAGGGAUGUUGAGUGGGUGCCUGGGGGA